AUGGCAGCAGCAGAGUUCGUGGACCACAACAAGUGGGGCGACAUCGUGGGCGUCAAGGAGUCCAAGUUGGCUAGGGCCAUCCAGGCGGGUAACACGCAGCUGCUGAGCCAAAAGAUCAGGGAGAACCACCUCUUCCAGCUUUGCAUCGCCUUCGCGCAUUUCAGCACGGCAUUCGCUCUCGUUGCGUCCGGGGUCCCCGGCCGCAGGGUGGAUGUUGAAAACUUGCGGCGGUUUGAGGUCACCGAAGCCAGGGCCCAGAAGACAACGGAGACGCCGACCUUCCAGGCUCCAGAAGUCCCUGUGGAGGAUGAUGAGGGCUAUCAACCAUCAGAAGUUUCUCAUUAUGCAAAGGCCGAGCCCAUGUCCCCUGCCUCUCAGGCGCUUGCCGUGGAAGAGCACGAGGAGACAACCGAGCUGGCUGCCACAGAGGAGAACUCAGCGAAGCCUUGUAAACUAGAGGAGGCCGUGGAGGAGGCAUUGCCGAAGGUUGCGCCUGUGGCCCAUCCAGCUGAAAGCAGCUCUGAUGCUCAGGCUGAGGCCGUGGCGGAGGGCCAGACUGAGACUGAGGCCUUGGUCGAGGAAGCUGCAGCAGAAAAGGACCAGCCAAAGGAGGACAAUAGCGAGGAGGCUUUGCCUCCCAGGGCAGAGGAGCCUGCAGAUGAGGCAGCGCACACUCCAGAAGUGGAGCCAGCUGCUGAAACCCCCAUUACCGGGGAUGCAGAGGUCUUUGAGCCGGACAGGCAGGCGGAAGAAGUGGCUGAGGAGCAGGCGGCUGCACCCUGGCAGGCUCCCGAGGCAGAAGUCUCGGCUGAGCAGCAGCCCGUCAGCCCUGAAGCAGAGGAGUGCUCCGAGGAGAAGUCUGCGGAAGAGACAGCAACCGCAGAGGCCGAGGAGUGCUCCGAGGAGAAGCCUGCGGAAGAGACAGCAACGACAGAGGCUGAGGAGCCUCCUGCGUGCGAUGAGUGCUCCGAGGAGAAGCCUGCGGAAGAGACAGCAACGACAGAGGCUGAGGAGCCUCCUGCGUGCGAUGAGUGCUCGGAGAAGCCUUUGGCAGACACAAAGGCGGCGGAAACUGAGGAGCUGGAGGCUGCACCUGUGCAGGCUCCCGAGGCGCAGGAAGAAGCCUCGAAGGAGCAGCAGACCACCGGCCCAGGUGCCGAGGAGCUGGAUGCUACACCUGUGCAGGCCCCUGAGGCGGAAGUUUCGACUGAUCAGCCAGCCAACCCAGAGGUGCAGGACGUAGUUCCAUCGCUGUAG